AUGUCAGCCUUUGCGGCGGAGGCAAGGGCCCAUGCAUUCUUGACUUUGUUUCGCCUGACUCUUGAAUGCCUUCUUACCAAUAUCAACUCGAGCGUUCCAGAACGUAUUCCGCCCGAGCUCGUGCGGCAAGUUAAGGAGGAAUACCUCCAAGAGCUCCGCGCCGGUUACUGGGUCGUCCUUGACGACGACGAAAUCGGGGGGCCUGGCCAGGGGGAUACCCUGACCGAUAGCCAGGCCCUCCGAAAAGAGGAGUUGCUGCAAGAGCUCGAAAAGAGAGCUGCAGGACGAGAUUUGCCCAGCAACAGCAACAACAACAGCAACCGGGCUGCUGCCGCCGCCGCCGCCUCCUCCCGUUCCUGCUGGCCCCCCAGCUCUCUCUGGUCCUGUGGAUAUUCCCAAUAUACUAUACAGCUCACGUGA